GGAUUACCAUGAUGUCGUCGUCCCGGUGGCCCCUCCCUUCUCUGCUCCUCCUCCUCCUCUCUCUGCUGGUCCAAUCGGCCGCUUCCUCUCCGAACGCCACCAACGAUUCGGCGCUCCAGACGGUAACGCUGGCAGCCAUCUUGCCCCUGACGAACACGGCGUAUGCGUGGGCGUGGCCCCGAGUGGGCGCGGCGCUGCGGCGCGCCGUGCGGCAGGUGAACGCCGACGCCACGCUGCUGCCCGGCAUCACGCUGCGGCUCGUCCACAACAACUCGGAGAACGCCGACGGAUUCUGCUCGGACUUCAUGGCGCCGCUGAUGGCCGUCAUCCUGAGGGAGAACUGCAACCCGUGGGCGUUCAUCGGGCCCGGCUGCGACUAUUCGGCCUCGCCGGUCGCCCGAUUCACCACGCACUGGGACAUACCAAUGGUGACGGCUGGCGCCCGUGCGAUCGGCUUCAAAGAGCACGCCUCGGUGACCAACACGGGCCCCACGCACAAGAAGCUGGGGGAGUUGGGCCUGCGGCUGCACGCCAAGUUCGAAUGGCAGCGGCAGGCCAUGGUGGUCUACCGCGACACCAAGGACACCAACGACGACCGGCCGUGCUUCUUCGCCGUGGAGGGGUUCUACACCGUGCUCGGCGAGCACAACAUCACCGUGGUCGGCCACGCCAUCGAGACCGCCAUCGUCAACUACGGGGACGUGGCGAAGGUCAUCCGCAACACCGCCAGAGUUGUGUACCUGUGCGUCUCCUGGGACGACCUGCGGAAGCUGCUGCUCCAGUUCUGGCGGGACGGUGUGCAGCUGGAGGACUACGUCUUCUUCUUCAUCGAUCUGUUCGCUGAGGGUCUGAGGGGGGGGGGCCCAGUCCGCCCGUGGUUCAGAGGAGACAAAGACGACUUCGCCGCACGCCAAGCCUUCAGGUAUAACCUGAUCGCUGCAGGGUUCCAUGAUGGAGUCACCAUUUACUCUCAGGCUCUGAAUGGAGCGCUGAGCGAACAGAACCAGAACCCAGGGCCAGGAGUCCAGAACCAGGUGGUCCAGGGGAUCCGGAACCAGGUGGACCAGGGGGUCCAGAGGCCCAGAGGAGAUCUGGUGACCAGGAGGAUGUGGAACAGAACUUUCUCAGGAGUGAUGGGGCCAGUAGAGAUGGACGAGUUCGGGGACAGACAGGUGGACUUUGCUGUGUGGGACACCGUCAACAUUGAGACCGGAGAGUUCCAGGUGGUGUGUGUGUAUAACAGCAGUUUGAAACAGCUGGUCAUGCAGGAGGGGCGGAGCUUCCAGUGGCCCGGCGGCGCUCCACCUCCAGACAUCCCCAAGUGUGGCUUCAAGAACGACGAGCCAGCCUGUGUUGCACGUACCGUUACGAUGCUUCAGAUGGUUGCCAUAGUGAUCUCCUUUGUCUUAGUCAUCAUAGUUACCGUGACCAUCUUCAUCUACAGGAAGUUGAAGCUGGAGAGCGAGCUAGCGGCUCAGCUGUGGAGGGUUUCCUGGGACGACGUCCAGAUGAGUAACCUGGAUAAAGUCCUGAAGAGAACCUGCAGCAGACUCACCAUGUCUCUGAAAGGAUCUAACUGCGGCUCUCUGAUAACCAUGGAGGGAAACUUCCAGAUCUACACUAAGACUGGCUACUACAAGGGAAACCUCGCCGCCAUCAAAUACAUCAACAAGAAACGCAUCGAACUGACUCGGAAAGUUCUGUUUGAACUCAAACAUAUGCGAGACGUUCAGAACGAGCACCUGACCCGCUUCAUCGGCGCCUGUAGCGACCCGCCCAACAUGUGCAUCAUCACCGAGUACUGCCCCAGGGGCAGCCUGCAGGACCUGAUGGAGAGCGACAGCAUCACUCUGGACUGGAUGUUCAGAUACUCUCUCAUCAAUGACAUCGUCAAGGGGAUGUUGUUCCUCCACAACAGCGUCAUCGUCUCCCACGGCAACCUGAAAUCGUCUAACUGCGUGGUGGACAGCCGCUUCGUCCUUAAGAUCACAGAUUAUGGUCUGCAGAGUCUGAGGACAGCCAGCUGUCCUGAUGACACACACGCUUACUACGCACGGAAGCUGUGGACAGCCCCCGAGCUGCUGAGGACAGACUGCCCCCCCCCCUGUGGGACCCAGAAAGGAGACGUCUUCAGCUUCAGCAUCAUCCUGCAGGAGGUGGCUCUGCUCAGAGGAGUCUUCUACCUGGACACACACACACUCACACCCAAAGAGAUCGUGGCUGCUGUGCGUGCUGGUGGGACCCCCCCCCUGCGCCCUACCCUGGUCCCGCCCCCCCACAGUGAGGACCUGGGGGUCCUGAUGCAGCGCUGCUGGAGCGAGGAGCCCAGCGAGAGACCAGACUUCAACACCAUCAAGAUCCUGCUCCGCAAGCAGCACAGAGGCUAUGGCUCUAACAUUCUGGAUAACUUGCUGUCCCGGAUGGAGCAGUACGCCAACAACCUGGAGGAGCUGGUGGAGGAGAGAACCGCCGCAUAUCACGAAGAGAAGAAGAAGGCUGAGACCCUGCUCUACCAGAUACUACCUCAUUCGGUUGCCGAGCAGCUGAAACGCGGCGAGACGGUCCAGGCCGAAGCCUUCGACUCCGUCACCAUUUACUUCAGUGACAUCAUCGGCUUCACCGCCCUAUCGGCUGAGAGCACGCCGCUGCAGGUGGUGACGCUGCUGAACGACCUCUACACCUGCUUCGACGCCAUCAUCGACAACUUUGAUGUUUACAAGGUGGAGACGAUUGGCGAUGCCUACAUGGUGGUGUCCGGGCUGCCCGUGAGGAACGAGAAGCUGCACGGCCGAGAGGUGGCCCGCAUGUCUCUCGCCCUAUUGGACGCCGUCCAGAACUUCAGGAUCAGACACCGAGCCAAUCAGAAGCUGAGGCUACGCAUCGGCAUACACAGCGGUCCGGUGUGUGCCGGUGUUGUCGGACUGAAGAUGCCCAGGUACUGUCUGUUCGGAGACACAGUCAACACAGCAUCACGCAUGGAGUCCAAUGGAGAGGCUCUGAAGAUCCAUGUUUCCGAGGCGACCAGAGAUGUCCUGCAGGAGUUCGGCAGCUUCCGGCUGCAGCUCAGAGGAGAGGUGGAGAUGAAGGGCAAGGGGCGCAUGAGGACCUACUGGCUGCUGGGGGAGGACCCCCCCACCCCCACCCCCACCUGACCUACUGGCUGCUGGGGGAGGACCCCCCCACCCCCACCUGACCUACUGGCUCCUGGGGGAGGACCCCCCCACCCCCACCUGACUGAUUGGCUGGGGCAUCAAACCCCCGUCUGACAGAGGACAGUGACUCGUUUCCGUUGGCCAGACCUAUCAGGAGACCAGCCAGUAUUAAGCCCCUCCUCCUGCUCCUCUCUGAUUGGACAUUUAGCUCUGACAUCAGACUCUGUGACCAACCAGCCAGUAUUAAGCCCCUCCUCCUCCUCCUCCUGCUCCUCUCUGAUUGGACGUUUAGCUCUGACAUCAUUUAAAGUCACAGGUCAGAAUUUGAGGAUGUUUUUAAAAACCAAAACCAGACGAAUGUUAGACUGUAAAAUAAAUCCCUAUUAUUAUUAUUA